AUGCCUUUCGGAACUAUUAAGACCUCGGAAUUUUCGAAGAAUAUUCCUAUACAUUCACUACCGUACUUCAUCCAGCGCUGUAAAGUUCUACUUCCUGAAGAGUUUGAGAUUGAAGAUGAGCCAGUUGCAAAGGCUGUGCUGUUGCGAUACGGCAUGGCUAGAACCGGGGCCUAUCACGAGUUUAUUCAUCAAAUCGAAGUCAAAUUCCAAGGCAAAGUUUAUGACUAUGCCGUCUCAUUGAUUCUGGACAACGAAGCUGCCAUUUACGGUGGCAGGGAGGAGGUUUGGUAUUCCCAAAACCUUUGUCCUAAGCUGGGCGAACCACCAUCUAUACGGGAGUUCAUACCAAUAUACAUGGAUUUUGAGAGAGGCGAGGUUUGGACAGGCGAAGGGUCUUUGGCUUAUUCAGGAUUCUCAGACUUCGACCCGCUACACAAAUUACCCGUCCUCCGGUAUGAAAGUGCGACCCUUGUUCGACGAGCAGAAGCGCGUAUGCGCCCUGUCACUGAAGUCUUCAAGGUCUAA